AUGGCGAUAAAAGCUGGAUACAGACACAUUGACUGCGCAGCGGUUUAUGGCAAUGAAAAAGAGGUCGGACAGGCUUUAAAGUCUUGUAUCGGAAAAACGGUACAGAAAUGUUAUGGACUGAUUCUCUCUGAUUCUCUCUGACCCUCAGUCAGUAAAGUCGAGCGAAAGAGCGGGCUGGGAAAGCGACAAACUUACAAAAUAUCGCCAAAAAAAAUGUCAAAAGUUUUUGCAGAGCUUUUAUCCGGUCUAGAUUUGCCUAUUAUGUUUACAUAGCUUCUUUCACCGCAAAAGGACGUGCUUGUGCCAACCAAGGGUUAAUUAAACCCUCAGCAUUUCUUGUUGCUUCCCUGACUGUUCGCUGGUGCAGUCAGUUCUGGGUUCAGAAAAAUACAGUGAGCGAUGAAAUACUUGGCUUAGAACGCAACACAACAAUGCAGCCAGAUCUUGAAGCCAGACUUCUUCAGCUGAAUUGGAUCUCCUUCACAAAGGACAGGGAUUCAUUUCUUUCCUUGUUUUGUAGGUGAAUAGGAAAGAUUUGUUCAUCACAUCUAAGUUAUGGAACACAAAGCACAACCCUACUGAUGUGCAUUCUGCUGCAGAGCAAACUCACUUAGGACUCAAUUAUCUUGACUUCUAUCUUAUACACUGGCCUGUAUCCUUUAAGGAUGGUGAUGUCAGUUUUCCAAAGGAUGAUGAUGGAAAUAUUAUUUAUGCAUACCAUGAUCCAUGUGAUACUUGGAAAGCAAUGGAAACACUUGUGGAUGAUGGUCUUUUCAAAGCAAUUGGUAAAGACUACCUUCAUGGGAUUUCUAACAGAUGUAAUUAUACAAAUCUCUGAGAUUUCAGAAAUAAAUUGCCUCUUAUUGUUGAAGCCUUAAUCUCAGUUUUUGUGAGGUGAAUGGGUAAAGGUCAAAGGUAAAAUUCUGAAAAUGGGUAAGUGGCUAAAGCUUGGUUCAGACGUCAUACUUCAGCCAUGCCAAACUUAAUUGCAAUUAGGAAAUAAUUUAUUAAUUUUGUUUGGCUUGGUAGAGGAAUGAUGUUUGAAUUGCUGUUGUGUCAGAGCUGUGCAGCUCUCUCAGUCACGGAGCAGAGCCUCAUGAACUUAAUUCUUUACCUAACUAAAUUAAAAAGUUUAACUCAAAUGCUGUGCUUCAGCCUUGCUUUUCUUGAACUUAAGUACUGAAUGAAGUGUGUCACAGCAGCUGCAUGGUGUCUGAACAAGACCUCAUUUUGCUAGCAGAGCCUGAUUUCUAUAACCUAAAGCUACCAGCACAACAAAGGUUUCACCUCACCCCAUCCCCCUGCAUUUGAUCAGGUUUCCCUCAUAGGUGGCAGAAGGUACCCAUUUAUGCUCCUGGGUGGAGAGAAGUACUGUAUCACAAAGCUGCCAGUACAUCACAGGGUUUACACCACCCUACUUCCCUGCAUUUCAUCAGGUUUCCCUGAUAGGUGGCUGUAGGUACCCAUUUAUACUCCUGGGUGGAAAGAGGCACUGUUUCACAAAGCUAUCAGCACAUCACAGGGUUCACCCAACCCCCCCUCUAUUUUAGAUCUCUUGACCAGUUGCCUAGAUCACUAAGCAUCAGGCCAAUGUGUUUUCCUUGAUUGAGCUUGAGUACCAUCUUUAUCAGUUUGCCAGUUUUUUUAUUUAUUUAUUUCAUUUUUGUUAGGUUACUUCAUUAAAUUUCAACAGCAAACAAGUGGAUGAUAUCCUAUCUAAAAGCAGAAUAAAACCUGCUGUUCUCCAGGUCGAAUGUCAUCCUUACUUCAAUCAAGCUCAGCUCAUAGAACAUUGCAGGAAAAGAGACAUCGUUGGUGUGUUUACCCUGAACAACUCUUCCUGAGGGAAACGGUUCAUUUGUGUCUUAAGGCAGAGUAUCUAAGACAUUACAGGAAGCAAUGAGAAAACAGAUUAAAACUUCUUUAUAUAUUACAUUUGCACAUUAGAAUGCAAAAUACCAGAAUGUUAUAAAUGUCAUACCACCUGCUGUUGUGCUCUGUAUGCAUGUGACAACAGUUGUCAGUCAAGGUUUGUGGGUUACAGUGCACUGUUACCUCUGUUGUCUUAGAGUUUGCAAGAUGUGUGAUAGGAAACAAGUCUCAUUGUUGGAUGUUAUAUGACCCUUAAGUUGACCAAUGAGAGCAUGUGUUGCUAGCUAUAUAGGCUGUAUAAUUAUCGCUUAUAAACCACUUCACUACAAUUGACAGUUUCUCUUUACUCAUACUUUCUGUUUGUAGAUUGGAAUUAAGUUCAAUCAAUUCAUACAAUUCAUACAAUAAUUUUGUCGUUAACACAGUGACAGCAUACAGUCCGCUUGGAUCCCCUGGACGCCCACAGGCUAAACAGGAAGACUGGAGUCUACUGCAUGAUCCAAAGAUAGAGGAAAUUGCCAACGAAUAUGGAAAGUCUCCUGCUCAAGUCUGUAUUCACUUUCAGAUACAGAGGGGUGUCUCUGUUAUACCUAAAAGUGUCACACCUGCCCACAUUCAAAGUAACUUUGAAGUAAGCUUUCAAUGUAUCAAGAUUAUGUGGGAUUGUUUACACAAUCAAUUGGCCACACUUUCUUUUGGUUCAGCAGUGUAGGAGGUCAGGCAAGAUCUUAAGACAAUAUGGGAAAAGUUUAUAAAUGCACACUUGCGGCUCAUGAUUUACAAACUUAUUAAGUGUUAUACCUGCACUGCAAGGGAGUUAUUGCUCCUGCAGGAAAACUUUUUAGACAGUGUGAUCUGUUGCUUUCAUGAAACAGCUUUAUAUGGGUUUAUUGGGUGAAAGGGCAGUAGCUUAUUGACCAAUCAGAGUGUCCAUGAUAAUUCACUUCUUUUGAAUUGUCAGCAUAGACCAAAACCUGUGUCAGUUUAUUGUUUGUUAGCAGCUUCCACAGUGUCAAUAUCACAAAUGACCCUGCAUGGGUAAUUACCAGUAAAUAAGUGAAUAGAUGUCAAAACUGAUCUAAAGAAUUAUGAAAUAAAAAAACAUGUAUUUAGCAAAAGUAGAGGAGGAAUGCUACACAUUAUAUUUGUCAAUCAAGAUAUGUAUUGCCACCCACACAUGGUUCUUCUUCACGUUUUGGUUUGAAUCAAGCUGAUGGUUUUUAUCUUUGCAAAUUGGCUUGAUACUCAUUGAAACAAACAAUAUUUUAGCAAUUAUGAGCAAAAGGUAACAACAUAACAUUCCCUAAACAUAUGCAGGUUUUUGAUUUCACACUCUCUGAUGACUACAUGAGGCUUGUUGAAUCCAUCAACAAAUCUUGGAGAGUUCUUAUUCCCACGAAAGAAGUAAGUAGUACUGUCCCCUCCUUACCGACUCUGUCCUCUCUUUCCAACCUCUCCCUCCCACUUCUUUCUCUGUUUACUCAAUCACCCACCCACUCUCUGACCUUGCCUGUUCUUCAGAGACAGCAAAGCAUUCUUAAACUUGGUUGGCUCAUCCUGCACCAUGCCAAACCUUAGGCCAUACUUUUACUCUGAAGCUUCCCUUAAUGGCUGUGGCAUGGUUUGUUGGCUCAUACCACCUCUAUGGCAUUCUUAUUAGUGUCCACUGACUUCCCCCCCCCCCAAGGGCUCUGAAAUAUUCUUAUUGACCCCCCCCCCUCCCUUAAAAUAAUAUACCGGUAUCCGGUAUGGAUAUACAUAAAUAGAUAAAUAAAAAAGCUUCAUCCCUCCCUCGGCAAUAAAUAACAACUAUAGUGCCCUAAAUGAAAGAAUUUCUCUCGCCCGAUAUUUUUGUGUGGGAUUUCCCACACUUAGUCAAGGCCCGCGAAAUUUAUUUCUUUAUUUCUUUAUUUCUUUAUUUCUUUAUUUAUUUGUCCACGAGAGAGAAGUGCUUGUCACGUGGUUUCUAUUUGCGUUCAGUGAGCCGUGAAGACUGGAUUCCAGUCAGCGUUUUUUCAUAGUGUAUUGUACGGCGGCCAUUUCUCUUCUCAAUCGUUGGGUUUUGGAGAACUUAUUCGGAAUUUCAUAUUUGUUUCUUGGGGAUUUUCGUUUCCAAGGUAAGGAUAAGUCAUUUCAUAUUUUCACGGGUUCUUUGUGUGCUUUAACUUUUCAAUUUUGUUGUGGGAGCUUCACGAUUAAGCGAUUACGUUUGUACACCUGGGUUGUGUUCUUUCUUUCGUAAUCUGAGGCGUUUGUUUCGUUAUUUCUUCAGGUGUCUAUAACAGAAGAUUUUUUCACGUAAGCCAACACGCUGAAACGCGGCUUGUGUUCAGUGCAGGUUGCACAGGAGCUUUUACGUUUUCACAAGCCAACAUUUAUCGGCUUGGACCUUCGGUGCGGGUUGUGCCAGAUUGAAAGGAGUCAUUGUACUCUCGCAAGCUAACAUUUGUCGGCUUGAAUGUAUUUGUGCGGGUUGCGCUUCAAAGAGUCUCAGGGUGUCUCAAAGUGUCUCACGAGUGUCUCAAAAUGUCUCAAAAUGUCUCACGAGUGUCUCAAAGUGUCGCAAACUGAAAGAAACUAUUGUUUGCCUUGAACUGUCAAGAGUGUUAUCUAUUUUAAUAAACUGAGUUUCUAGUUAGUUGGAUUGUUGUUGUUGCUCGCUCAAGCACACAAGUAAAUAUGGGGAUCUCCAUUGACCAAUUCCGUUCAAGGAUUGGAUCUCAUGAAGAUUUACAUCCUGAUUUAAGUGAAAACUGUGACCUCUCUGAUGAUCUCAACAUUCCAUCAGCAUUGCUGAAUAAUGAACCACUGAUAUUGAAUGAAUUACCUGAUUUCGAUUUUCGUCAAAUGGUCCAGACAUCCGAUAAAGAGCAAAAAGAAUUUUUUAUCACAUUUUACAUCAGAUUAAAACCUCAGAAACCCCUUUCUACUGCUUCCUCAGUGGAGGGGCUGGUGUUGGCAAAUCGCAUUUAACAAAAGAUUUGUAUCAGGCAGUGCUUAAGUAUUAUAACACUAGAGCUGGUGAUGAUUUUCAUCAGAUCAAAGUUAUACUAUUAGCUCCAACUGGUAAAGCUUAAGGGUAACACUCUUCAUAGCACUCUGGCCAUUCCUGCCAAUCAAUCACUGAGACAUUACAAACAGCUUGAUUCAAGUAGACUAAACACUUUGAGAAGUCAAUUGAUUUUUUUGAUGAAAUCUCAGUGGUAGGAAAUGGUAAUGGUCAUUUGCAAUACAGCCAAACAAUAGGCUUAAAGAUAUAAAAGGCUGUAGAGAGGAUUUUGGAGGUGUGAGCAUAAUUGCUAUUGGUGACUUAUUCCAAUUAGAAUCUGUUAUGGAUGCUUAUAUUUUCAAAGACCUCAAAAAUGUAGAUUUAUGCUGUUCUUUCUCCCAGUUUAUGGCAUAAACACUUUAAAAUGUUUGAACUUAAUGAAAUCAUGGGUCAAAGAGACAGCAAAUUGUUUGUGGAAUUACUUAAUAGGUUGCGUAAAGGUAAACACACAGUAGCUGACAUUGCAAAACUUAAAGAGAGCUAUACAAGAAGACAUCAACAACCCAAUAGAUGCAUCUCACUUAUUUAUACAGAAUGCUAAAGUAGAUGAAUUUAAUCAAAGGGCCCAUAAUGCGGCCACAGGAAACAAAUUCACAAUAAAUGCUCUAGAUAGUGUUAUUGGAGCUAUCUCUCCAGAGCUAAGAAACAAAAUACUAAGACAAAUACCCAAUGAUCCAAGAAAAACAAAACAGUUAGCCUCAACCCUUUGUCUUGCUGAGGGUGAAAGAACACACUUUGUCAUGAAUGUACGAACCGAAGAUGGCAUGACAAAUGGUGCUGGAAAUGUUGUUAAACUAGUUCAGUUACAUCAACAAACCAAACCAUCUGGUAUUGUAUGGGUACAAUUUGACCACUCAGAUGUAGGUCAGAAAACAAGGAAUGAAAAAAGACAUUUGUAUGUACAAGGAAUUGAACACACAUGGACCCCAGUAAACCCUGUGACUACACAGUUUGUGGUAGAAACAGAACAGCACAAGUUGUUAGAAAACAAUUUCCACUGCAUCCUGCAGCAGCAAAAACAAUUCACAGGUCACAAGGUGAUACUGACAGUGGAAUUGUUGUGGAUUUUAGUACCAGAAAUACUAUUCCACUCAUACAUUAUGUGGGACUCAGUAGAGUGACUGUUACAGAAGGCCUAUAUAUUUCUGAUUUGUGUGAAAGCAAGAUUGCUGUUAAUCCAGAUGGAGAGAUUAAGAACAACUGCAAAACUUAAGCUUUGCAUCUCCCCUCUCCAUGACAUAACAUUUUCCCUUCUUAAACUGUGUUAUCUUAAUGUAAGGUCUCUUCACAAACACAUAGAAGAUAUAUACGUAAAGACUUAAUUUAUCUAAGUGCUGAUAUCAAUAUUUUCACAGAAACAAGAUUUAAUUCUCAAGAUAAUGAUGACAUGUAUGACAUUGCUGGUUAUGUUCUCUUCCAUAAUGACAACCUUAAUUCCAGCAAUGGAUCAAGGUCUUAUGGUGGUACAGCUGUGUACAAUAAAAUCCCAUACUUACCUGGAUACCCCUAUUGUCACAAUAUACAUGGUGUUGAAAUAACAGUAAUUAAGUUAGCAAGUCUUUAGGAUUGAAUAAUCAUAGGGAUAUAUUACUCCCCAAACGUGCCUGUAAGGCAACUUUAUGAAGCAAUAACUGAGGUAUUAAAUAACAUUUCACCAGACAACAAUAACAUUACUGGAGACUUUAAUAUAAAUUGGCUUGUUGAAACAGACAGAAGACCUUUGUAUAAUUUACUAGUGAGGGAUAACCAUUACAGACAGUUCUUAUCAACUUAUACAACUGACAACAACACAGUAAUGGAUCAUAUAUAUACAAAUAUAUCUAACAUUGAUAUACAAGCAGAUGUUUUAGCAACAUAUUUCACAGAUCAUAAAGCUGUUUGGGCCUCAUUUCACGGUGUCCUCUAACAAAUUACUUUAUCAUGAUGUACAUUGUUUUUAAGUUAAGAGAGCAACAAAAGAAAGCAGUAAAUAGUUAUGAAAAGAGUUGUUUCCCUUUUUUCAGAGGAAUUUGUGAUGAGGACCUCGCAAAACUAUUAAUAAGGAAAUGCUGCUUAUUCAUUUGGUACCAGAACAGGCCUUUUAAAAUUAAGUUUGAAGUCAUCUUUCUAAGAGUUGUCCAGUUUAACAACCAUUUACAAAAGACAAAAAUAAACUACAUAACACACAGUCUUGAAAUUUCAAGGCAGCUCCUUUAGCAUCUUGGCUAAUUUCUAACUGCAACCUUUAUUGACACCCUGCAUUAAACAAUUAUUCCACAGUUAAGUCUGCAACCCCUCCUGAAAUGCUCCAGGAUACCAAAAAAAACAACAACAAGCAAACAAACAUAUUAGUGAAGUGAACAAACAACCACAUGCGUGACUUUCACGUAAUCUAAAAUUCGUGAUUGCAGCAUUCCCACGUGCGUAAAGUGCUUGUAACUUAUGGGAAACACACGCAUGUUACACCAAAAAAACCCGCGUGUAGCAUAAGAGGCCGAUUACUCGCAAUUUCUCGUAGUUUUGAAUUUCCCUUUUGUUUUUCAGAACACCCAUAUACCUGUACUUUUUUACACCGAUGCGAUAUAAAUUAAUUGGAAAAGCAUUCCUUGAAAUAGGAAGUCGUCCUGUAUUUUCAGCGAAAAAGAUCUCAAGUGAUCAAAACAACACCGGCCAGAUUAUAGUCACGUGCUCGGCAACGACUUCUUGAAAGCGAUCAUCUUUCAUUCUUACCAUCAAAACAGUCACGUUUGCAUAGAAGAAUAACAAAACGAAACGAUUACAACGGAAAGACCCAAAUUGGCGUAGAAAGAAAUAAUGCUGCAAAUUACCAUUUUUUUUAUGUCAUGGGUACAUGUUUCCGUGGGAAUUUCUGUGUCAACAGCUUGCUGUCACUCACAAAGUCUUCGUGAUUCUCGCUGGUCCUCGUUAUGUUUAGCGCAUGGACGAUUCGAAGACCCUUCAAAUUUGAUUUUUAAGUUGAUCAUAGCACUAAUCUGAAACAUUUGAAGUCCAUUUCAAUAUAGUAAAUGUCGAAACAGGCGUGUAAAGACAAUAAAUAUCGCAAAGAUCAGUGCAAUCAUAAUAGCGCCAGGACUUUGGACUUACUUCUUCGGAAGGAUAGAUCUCGAGUUCGAAGCAGACUAAUUACGACUAAUUACGAAGAGUCCACGCUAAUUUGCAUAUCGCAGAGCGCCCACAAGAACUCGUUUCUACGCUAUCGUGUAUCCACGAGUUAAACAGUAGUAGCAGAAAUGUUUUCAAUUUUUUUUCAAUGACUGUUACGAAAAUAUUUACUGCUUCAAGUAUUUCCAGUAUUGCCGUAUAAACAAAUAAAUAGCCUAAGCCACCAAGAGGUAAUUUAUUUGUUGAAGACGAUUACCAAACGUUCAAAAACACGCCAAAAAGCUUCCAGGGAGGGAGGGAAAGGCAUAUUGCUUGAUAAAAGUAUAAGUUAAUGCCCCAGAUCUCUCCUGUGAAUCUGUAUUUGUUCAAAUAAUUCCUGCACAAAAAUUACUAUUCAGGCUGUUGAUUCCAGGCCUAAUAUCACCCCUGUAGUACAGUUGACUCGCGGUGAGCGACAGGUUUGCUUCCGCUCAAAAACCCCUUGCAAACUCUUUGUCAAUGAAAUCCCACACAAGUACGCAUUGCGGACCUAUUUUUCUUUAUUCUUAUUAUGUGUCUGACCCAUGAGAUAUUGAUACUGUAUCUUAAUCACUACUAGGAUUGAAAGAACAAACAGGCUAUAUGGCUAGAAGAGAAAAUUGCACGCUAGAGGCUUUUUUCAAGAGUUAACCUUUUUUCUUUUUCACCUUUCUUUCUUUUCAGGUUGAUGGUAAGAAAGUCCCUCGAGAUAGUGCUCAUCCUCAUUAUCCCUUCAAUAUUCCAUUUUAA